AUGGAACAGGAAGACGAAGAUCCUAUAAAAUCUCUGGAAGCCAAAGCCAAAAUUUUGGAAACUGAACUAGCACUACAAAAUGCCGGAAUCGAGAACAACAGGCUUAAACUGGAGGUCACCAAGUUAGAAGAGAUCCUGGAAAAGCAGAGGAAGGUCCUGCAGAAGGCCGAGGACAACAGAAAGGAGGCUAAAUUGAUUUUCUCCACGUUGAUGGAUUUAAAGAAUGAUAAUGGGACGAACUUAAUAGAUUCCUUAGAUCCAGCAGAAAAAACCGUUUAAGAUGAACAGAACUCCCCCAGAAAUCCCCUAAAAUUUAGAAGACUGAUAUAUUUCAUACCCUUUAUCAUUGUACAAUCUUUCUAACAUAGUUUCUCUACAAUUAAAGUUCCCAUCGAUUAUAUUUUCCUUUUAAAAAAUGUUUAUUUACUAAAUUUGAAGACAGGACUUAAAAAUGUAAAAUUGUAUUCAAAACAAGCUGCAUACGAAUAAAUCUCUUAAUUAAAAUUAA